AUGAUUGAAAGAGAAUAAACUUUUCCCAUUGCAUGGCUAUAGAAAUUGAUGUUUGUUAAACUCAGACCUAUCUAGCAAAGUUAGCUAGAUGCGAUGGAGUUGAGAAGUGGUUACAUUAUUUAGCUAACGUUAGCCAAUCAAAAACGCAUCGAACUGAGUGAUGAAGGACCGGUUGGGUGAAUUAACCGCAGUAAGUACAUGUAGCCUACUAAUAUUAUGUCACUGAUCUAAUCAGGCAUUAAUGUAGCCUUCUAUUCUAUUUUAUUAUUUUAUAUUCUCUAGGUCUAGGGAAUGCAACCCUGGUUGACAUCACGUGAUUCGCGUCAGCCAGGCUAAUAAUAUGCCAUGUCAUGAUAAUAUCAUUGUCUUCAAUGUCUUGUCGACUUAUUUGCUUUUCACACAGUUCUGAGUCUCACAUUAUAUGGGCAGUGUGCAAGAGGCUUUACUCCCUAACAAUGGACAGUGUCUUCACACUUUUGUCUUGACAGAGCAGGACACAGGCAGAGGAGGAUGUCACAGUUGACAGAGAUGGAUUUAUGGAAGGGUUUUUCAGAAGGGCAAGUACAGUGGUUCAGUCAGUACUGUUUGUUUUCAGAUGAACUAGAUGGUUACUGUAAAAAGUGUCUGUGCAUUGAAAUAACAUUGAAAAUACUGUAUGUGCAUGACUUAGGUCGAAGAGGUUAGGGGGUUGAUUGAUAAGAUAUCUUCUAAAGUGGAGGAGGUGAGGAAGAAGCACAGCAUGAUCCUGUCUGCACCCAAUCCAGAUCAGAGUAAGUUGAUCAUCAAUCAAAACCCUCUGUCAAAAUGAUAGUGUAAUAACAUUAGUCAUACUGGUGACUAUACCUCCACAUUCCCAAUGUGAAGGUGGUUUGAGAUCUAGCUAUGUUGCUCCUCUCCUAUUUGUUUUCAACAUUUAUUUUCUCAAGCAAUUUAAAGUGUUGAAUUCAAAACUUUUGCAUGACUAAAUAUAUGCCUUGGUAUUUAGAUGGUGACUUCUGAAGUCAUAAUAACAAAAAUAUAACAAACGUUCUUACUUCCUCUAACAUCAUUGUCCUCUUCCAGGAAGAAACACAACUCAAUACAAAUAGAUGUCUGGGUGUCCGGAAGCCUGUAUAGAAAACAAUGUCAUGGCCCAGCCCUCCCAGGCCAGUCUGUGGGUGGGCUUUGUCUGACCCCUCUAGCAGCAGGGCCAUUUUACUGAGGGCUUGGACAAGUUACGCUGUGCUUGUUCAAAGUUGAUCCACUGUGGAGACUGAAUAGGCAUGAGGAGCUAAUCAAGGCCUGCAUGGACAAAGGCCCUCAGUUGACUCUCUAAUGCAACGCAGCAGCAUCAGUAUUACCACCAGAGUAGCACAGUAUCAACCAUCUGCUACACAAUAAUACUAACUGGGAAUGGCCCAAGAGGGUGUAAAUAUUUGUUUGCCCACAAAUCCACUGGUUGAAUCAACAUGGUUUCCACGUCAUUUCAAUGUAAUUAUGUUGAACCAACGUGGAAUAGACGUUGAAUUGACUUCUGCCCAGUGGGUGGUAGGUGUAGUGUUUCUUAUCUGUAUAAAUAUGAAGAAUAGGUUAUUGUUAUAGAAGAGUUGCCAAGUGAUAUGAUUAAUGCUAAUAUUUGUCCAGGACAAUGUUGGAAAUGUGCAAUAAUGCAUUUAUUUUCUGUCGCUGUUAUUUCCUAAAGAGAUGAAAGAUGAACUUGACCGGUUGACCAAUGAGAUCAAAAACAAUGCCAACUCUGUGAGAGUUAAACUAAAAUGUAAGUUUAACACCACGACGUACAGUACAUUUUGGGAUCUUUUUUGUUGUCAUUUUGUCAUUGAUAUGACUGGAUCAAAUGCCUCAUCCCAAAUGCUGCUUGAUAGAUUUAGAGAGGUAGAUGUGGAGGAUUUGUCUGAGGUGAUGUUAUAGCUACUGUAAUCACUGUUCUUUCUGUUCUCUGCAGCUAUGGAGCAGAGCCUGCCCAAGGAUGAUGUUUCUAACAGGGCCUCGGUUGAUUUCCGCAUUCAGAAAACCCAGGUCAGGAAACAGUCUUCCUGAGACUCAUUCCUGACAUUUUUGCGAAUGCUGACACAUUCUUAAAGGUUGUGGUUAAAGACAGAGAGAUACUUGGAAGCUAACUUACCUGUAUACCUGUAUAAGUUUACCAUGUCUGCCACCAUGUUUUGACACAGCUGUUUGAUAUCUCACCCUUUCAACAGUUUGAGCCUUUAUCCACUUUACUGUUGCCAGUGGUUGAAGCUCUCUUUCCUCUAUCCUCUCCUCACCUUAUGUUUUCUCUAACCCCACAGCACACGGUGCUCUCCAGGAAGUUUGUGGAUGUCAUGACUCAGUACAACGAGACUCAAGUGUCGUUUAGGGAGAGAAGCAAAGGAAGGAUCCAGAGACAGCUGGAGAUAAGUGAGUCACAAACGGGGCUAGCAGCAGGGCAGACAGGAACACAGAAAGGAAACCGACCACACCUAGCAGCUUUCUCUCCCACGAUAAUAACACACAGGCUACAGUGUUCACAAUUCCAAUCAAACUAUCCAAUGAUUACCUAUUGUCUAUAGUCAGAUAGUGCAACGAUUCCGGUUCCACUGUAUGUUAUUGUCUAUUGUCAUGGCAUGGAUAGUGAGGCCAUUAGACCAAUCAGACUACGGCCACAGAAAAUAUAGGAUGAUAGUAAAGGGUUUUGCUGUAAAGAAACCAUGGCAAAAACCCAUGUAAUGUUCAUAUGGAGUAUUUGUCUGGAAUGAGAAUAAUUGAUGAUGACAGAAAUAACUGUAACCCCUCCAGUCCCUUAGGAUAGUCCUAAUGAGGCUCUCUACUACUGUACACUCCAGAUGGAAGAGAAGAGUCUGACACAGGACACACACAUCUAGCCUACCCGUGUUAGUGUUGCCUCAAUACCUGUCUAUAGAGAAGCUGGUUACAUGACCAGUGGCGGGCUCAUGGCUGUGCUGUAUAGUAAUCAUAGAUCAUAGGUUAUAUAUAUUCACUGGGGUGGAUGGGCUUACAGUAUUUACAUGAUCCCAGGUUGUUUGUAAGCCACAGUGGGUUUGAUCAUGUUAGGCAGUGAGGGUUGAGUCCCUCUGAGGAAUAGCCUAGAUCAUAACACUGUGGUUGUGACUACAGAGACUAUUCUCCCCAUAGAGAAGAGAGAACAUGUUUUAUGUUUUCUGCUGAUGCUUUAGCACCUGUUUGGUGAAAGUAUUUUCUUUCCUGGUUAUAGCUGGGAGAGUGACUAGCAAUGAGGAACUGGAGGACAUGCUGGAGAGUGGCAACUCAUCCAUUUUUACAUCUGAUGUAAGUACCUCCUCAAUCUCCAGCCUUUGUCUGAUGCUACUUUCUCACAUCCAUUAUUUUCUCAGGACAAAUCAGACAACUACCAACACUAUCUAGUAUACCAAGAUAACUCAGGUUGUGGUUUGCAAGUAUUCCAAAACGACUAAUAUUCUGUGUAAAUGGAACACCAAUCCUCCCAUAUGUACAGUGCUUUCUGAAAGUAUUCAGACACCUUCACUUUUUCCACAUUUUGUUACAUUGCAGCCUUAUUCUAGAAUGGAUUAAAUAAAUAAAAAUCCUCAUCAAUCUAAACACAAUACCCCAUAAUGACUAAGCGAAAACUGUUUUUUAGAAAUGUGUGCAGAUUUAUAAAAAAUAAAAAGCAGAAAUACCUUAUUUACAUAAGUAUUCAGACCCUUUGAUAUGACAAAAUUGAGCUCAGGUGCAUCCUGUUUCCAUUGAUCAUCCUUGAGAUGUUUCUACAACUUGAUUGGAGUCCACCUGUGGUAAAUUCAAUUGAUUGGACAUGAUUUGGAAAGGCACACACCUGUCUAUAUAUGGUUCCACAGUUGACAGUGCAUGUCAGAGCAAAAACCAAGCCUUGAGGUUGAAGGAUAUGUCCGUAGAGAUCUGAGUCAGGAUUGUGUCGCUGCACAGAUCUGGGGAAGGGUACCAAAACAUUUCUGAAGUAUUGAAGGUCCCCAAGAACACAGUGGCCUCCAUCAUUCUUAAAUGGAAGAAGUUUGGAACCACCAAGACUCUUCCUAGAGCUGGCCGCCCGGCCAAGCUGAGCAAUCGGAGGAGAAGGGCCUUGGUCAGGGAGGUGACCAAGAACCCAAUGGUCACUCUGACAAAACUCCAGAGUUCCUCUGUGGAGAUGGGAGAACCUUCCAGAAGGACAACCAUCUCUGCAGCACUCCACCAAUCAGGCCUUUAUGGUAGAGUGGCCAGACGGAAGCCACACCUCAGUAAAAAGGCACAUAACAGCCCGCUUGGAGUUUGCCAAAAGGCACCUAAGGGACUCAAAGACCAUGAGAAACAAGAUUCUCUGGUCUGAUAAAACCAAGAUUGGACUCUUUGGCCUGAAUGCCAAGCGUCACGUCUGGAAGACACCUGGCACCAUCCCUACGGUGAAGCAUGGUGGUGGCAGCAUCAUGCUGUGGGGAUGUCUUUCAGCGGCAGGGACUGGGAGACUAGUCAGGAUCGAGGGAAAGAUGAACAGAGCAAAGUACAGAGAGAUCCUUCAUGAAAACCUGCUCCAGAGCGCUCAGGACCUCAGACUGGGGCGAAGGUUCACCUUCCAAAAUGACAACGACCCUAAGCACACAGCCAAGACAAUGCAGGAGUGGCUUUGGGACUAGUCUCUGAAUGUUCUUGAGUGGCCCAGCCCGAACCCGGACUUGAACCCGAUCUAACAUCUCUGGAGAGACCUGAAAAUAGCUGUGCAGUGACGCUCCCCAUCCAACCUGACAGAGCUUGAGAGGAUCUGCAGAGAAGAAUGGGAGAAACUCCCCAAAUACAGGUCUGCCAAAGGUGCUUCAAGAAAGUACUGAGUAAAGGGUCUGAAUAUUUAUGUAAAUGUAAUAUUUCAGUUGUAUUUUAUUUUAUAAAUUUGCAUACAUUUCUAAAAAUCUGUUUUUGCUUUGUCAUUAUGGGGUAUUGUGUGUAGAUUGAUGAGGGGGAAAAAACAAUUUAAUACAUUUUUGAAUAUGGCUGGCAAGGGGUCUGAACUUUCUGAAUGCACUGUAUGUAUUUGAAUGAAAUAUACUGUCUCAUUUGCUGUCGUCCUGUCUCCCACCCCCUCCGUCAGAUUAUCUCUGACUCUCAGAUCACGCGCCAGGCCUUGAAUGAGAUUGAGUCAAGGCACCAGGAUAUCAUCCGCCUGGAGUCCAGCAUCAGGGAGCUCCAUGCCAUGUUUAUGGACAUGGCCAUGCUGGUGGAGAAUCAGGUACUGUUGCGCAGUACUGUAACGCUGUCCAGAAUAUUAUUAGUUCCGUUUUUUGUCAAAACUAUAUGGAACUCAUGUGGUGUUGUCUAAAAGGGGGAUAUGGUCAACAACAUAGAGAAGAAUGUCUCCAAUGCAGCUGAAUACAUAGGCCGUGCCAAAGAGGAGACCAAAAAAGCUGUGAGAUACCAGAAAAAAUCCCGGAGGGUAAGUCUCCUUUUCCCCAAACGGAAGGUCACAUGGUGUAUAUACUAAUAAUACUCUAUAAUACUGCUCAAGUUAGACUCUUUUAACCAAUGCAACAGCUCUGAAUGGUUUGGUCAUAAGAAUAAUAUUAUUUCAGUAUCAUAUACUGAUAAGAUUUAAAAUGCCAGACAGAAUGUCUAAAUGCCAUAUCUUAUAGGGCUGGGAAUUGCCAAGGACCUCUUGAUACAAAUGUAUCACGAUACUUAGGUGCCGAUAUGAUAUUUAUUGCGAUUCAAUACUGAUUUUAUUGCUCACUAUUUAAUAAUAUCCUGAUAUGUAACUGUAUCGAUUUUUGUCCCCCAUCACUAAUAUCUAACGUCUAAAUUAAAAGUCAAAAUAUUGAAUAUGACAGUAUUGGUUUCACUCAAAUCAGUGUAGUGUUUUGGGUUAUGCACCUUAAACCUAAUCUAACCACUUUGUUUCUGUCCUUGGCAGAAACUCAUCAUCUUUGCCUUUGCUCUAUUGAUCCUGCUUGCUGUCAUUGCACUAAUUGUUGGGCUGUCUGUUGGACUAACCAAAUCCCCUGUAUGAGCCCUGUGCUGCUAUCUCUCUGAGGUAACUACUACUGUAUAUUCCAUCAACAUCACAUUCAACACCAACACCUUCCAUUUACAUAUUUUAACACAAUGAG